AUGCCUCCAGAAACCUUCUCCUUUGGUGGAAUGAAUUAUCAAUUUGCAAAAUAUAAUGCAACUGGCUAUGAUAAUGUUCUCUCUCAAGGCCAGGAAAUCCAGGUUCCCCCAUCGAAAUACUUCAGCUUCCAGAUGCUUGCUGCAUCGGAAUCAGGAAUGGCCUCUGGCUCCGUUCUGGCCAAGUACGCCGAUGGUAGUACAUCCACUGGAGCUGUGCUAGUGCCAGCAUGGUAUAGCUGGCCUUAUCCAGAGGGAGGAGAUCUGGUGUUCACCUGCUAUCUCACAGACAAUGACACAAAUUGGAAUCGAUCCAAUAUCUUCCAAACCACCAACUGGCUGGACUCAUCGAAAGAGCUUCUCUCUCUGACCCUUCCCAAUACCUCCACUGGAGCAUCAACCAGUCCCGGUGGAGCUGCUAUUGACACAAGCCUGCAUAUUUUCGCUUUGUCCAUGUUGCCAGCAUCUGAAGAACAGUCUGAGCUCAUUAAACUGGAAACUCAGUAUGCUCGCUCAACAAAGAAAUGGAUCGAAGACACUGAUAAGGUCCAAAUUGUUGAGGUGCUUGUCAACAAUGUGGGGUCAUCAUUCGCGCUACGCGAAAACAAUGUCCGGAUACGCGUCGACUCACCAGGUCUGGAGACUGUGACCGAAGGUAUAAUCAAUCGACUAGGACCUGGUGAUCAAGCCGUGGUAGAAAUCGGUGUUAAAAAUUGUCAUGAGGUACCAGUGGGAGAUUCUGGUCCUGCAACAAUUGUGAUUGAGGGUGACAAUGUGAUAACCCCCAAGUAUACUUUUGAGGCGACAUACGGCAUCGGCCCCUAUGAAGCAACCUACGAGUCAAUAUACGCCCACGAAUCUCCGAACUGGUACAAUAAUGCGAAGUAUGGGAUUUUCAUUACUUGGGGAGUAUACUCAGUCCCUGGCUGGGCGAACGUUCCCCCUAAAGAGGAUUAUGCGGAAUGGUAUUGGUGGUGGUUGAAUGAAGGUCCAAACGGAUCGGUCGGUGUUUAUGAUUAUCAUCUCGAGAAAUAUGGUCCUCAUGUGGUCUAUGAUGACUUCAUCCAGAAUUUUACUGCAAGUGCAUUUGAUCCUAAGGAAUGGGUAGAUCUCUUUGCGGAUUCCGGCGCCAAAUAUUUCGUGCAAGUCAGCAAACAUCAUGAAGGAUAUACUUUGUUCGAUCUUCCAGCAAAUGUGUCAAAGAGAACCUCCGUCGCUCUGACUCCUCAUCGUCAUUUGCUGAAGGAAUUGUUUGACGCAGCGGAAGAAUAUCAGCCCCAGCUCCAUCGAUCGGCCUACUAUAGUCUCCCAGAGUGGUUUAACCCCGACUACAAGAAGUAUGGAUUCUCAACAUGGCCGGGAGGAAAUGCGACCAAUCCUUUCACAAAUCAUACCCUCCCGUACACUGGCUGGGUGCCUGUCAAUGAUUAUAUCGAGGACAAAAUUCUCCCUGAAAUGAAUACUCUCGCCGACAUGGGAUCCGAGAUCAUGUGGUGUGACAUUGGUGGACCUAACCGGACAGCAGAGUUUGCCUCAAAGUGGUUCAACAAAGCAGCCAGCGAGAACCGCCAAGUUGUUAUGAACAACCGUUGUGGCCUUCCCGGAGACUUUGAUACCCCCGAGUAUGCCACAUAUUCCGCCGUGCAAACCAGAAAGUGGGAGAGCAAUCUCGGCAUGGACCCCGAUAGCUACGGAUAUAAUCGCGCUAUUCCUCUAGCCAGCUACAUGAAUGCUAGUAGCAUUGUUACAAGCCUUGUUGACAUUGUCAGCAAGAACGGCAACUUCUUGUUAGAUGUUGGACCCACAGCCAACGGGACGAUCAUCGAUGUUGAGCAAAAACACCUGCGUGAGGCUGGCAAAUGGAUUAGAAGCCAUGAAGAGGCUAUUUUCAACACAACCUAUUGGUUUGUGACUCCAGAGGAGGGAGAGGAAAUUCGAUUCACCCUUUCACAAGACGCGUUUUAUAUCCAUAUACUGGCGAGGCCAAAUAGCACCAUUGCUUUGUCAAGCCCAAUCCCAUGGAUUGAGGGUGAUCAAGUCACGGUGGUUGGAGGCAGGAUGCACGGAAUCGUGGUUCCCAGCCACAGGUCUUACAAUGGAUCCGAGGUGAUUUUUUCAGUGAGCGAGGAUGUUGCAGCAGCGGAUGAAUAUGCAUGGGUCUUCAAGAUCUCUUAUUAA